CAGAGCCCAGAGAUCCAGCCGAGCGGUUUGCAGCUCGGCAGCAGCGGCAGCGGCGGCAUUGAGUGUCUGGCCCGCCAGUCCGGUCGGGGUGUGCAGUCGGACGGACAAGCAGCGCGUCGCUGUCCCCUGGCGGCUGGAGAUGUCCGAGCCCAAGGCAAUUGAUCCCAAGUUGUCGACGACGGACAGGGUGGUGAAAGCUGUCCCAUUUCCUCCAAGUCACCGACUUACAGCAAAAGAAGUGUUUGAUAAUGAUGGGAAACCUCGGGUGGAUAUCUUAAAGGCACAUCUCAUGAAGGAGGGCAGACUGGAAGAGAGUGUUGCAUUGAGAAUAAUAACAGAAGGGGCUUCAAUUCUUCGACAGGAAAAAAACUUGCUGGAUAUAGAUGCUCCAGUCACAGUUUGCGGGGACAUCCAUGGACAGUUCUUUGACUUGAUGAAGCUCUUUGAAGUGGGGGGAUCUCCUGCCAACACCCGCUACCUCUUCUUGGGGGACUAUGUUGACAGAGGGUACUUCAGUAUCGAAUGUGUGCUCUAUUUAUGGGCCUUGAAAAUUCUUUACCCAAAAACACUGUUUUUACUUCGUGGAAAUCAUGAAUGUAGACAUCUAACAGAGUAUUUCACAUUUAAACAAGAAUGUAAAAUAAAGUAUUCAGAACGUGUAUAUGAUGCCUGUAUGGAUGCCUUUGACUGCCUUCCACUGGCUGCCCUGAUGAACCAGCAGUUCCUGUGUGUACACGGUGGUUUGUCUCCAGAGAUUAACACUUUAGAUGAUAUCAGAAAAUUAGACCGAUUCAAAGAACCACCUGCUUAUGGACCUAUGUGUGAUAUCCUGUGGUCAGACCCCCUGGAGGAUUUUGGAAAUGAGAAGACUCAGGAACAUUUCACUCACAACACAGUCAGGGGGUGUUCAUACUUCUACAGUUACCCGGCUGUAUGUGAAUUCUUACAGCACAAUAACUUGUUAUCUAUCCUCCGAGCCCAUGAAGCCCAAGAUGCAGGGUAUCGUAUGUACAGGAAAAGCCAAACAACAGGCUUCCCAUCUCUAAUUACAAUUUUUUCAGCACCAAAUUACUUAGAUGUAUACAAUAACAAAGCUGCAGUAUUGAAGUAUGAGAACAAUGUUAUGAACAUCAGGCAAUUCAACUGUUCUCCUCAUCCAUACUGGCUUCCAAACUUCAUGGAUGUUUUCACUUGGUCCCUGCCAUUUGUUGGGGAAAAAGUGACUGAGAUGCUGGUAAAUGUCCUCAAUAUCUGCUCAGAUGAUGAACUUGGUUCAGAAGAAGAUGGAUUUGAUGGAGCAACAGCUGCAGCCCGGAAGGAGGUGAUCAGGAACAAGAUCAGAGCCAUAGGCAAAAUGGCAAGAGUGUUCUCAGUUCUCAGAGAAGAGAGUGAGAGUGUGCUGACUCUGAAAGGCUUGACUCCAACAGGCAUGCUCCCCAGCGGAGUGCUUUCUGGAGGGAAGCAAACUCUGCAAAGCGCUACUGUUGAGGCUAUUGAGGCUGAUGAAGCCAUCAAAGGAUUUUCACCACAACAUAAGAUCACUAGCUUCGAAGAGGCCAAGGGCUUAGACCGAAUUAACGAGAGGAUGCCACCUCGCAGAGAUGCCAUGCCCUCCGACGCCAACCUUAACUCCAUCAACAAAGCUCUCGCCUCAGAGACUAACGGCACGGACAGCAAUGGCAGUAAUAGCAGCAAUAUUCAGUGACCACUUCCUGUUCACUUUCUUUUCUUUUAUUCUUUCCUCUUGUUUUUUUUUUUUUCCCUUUUUUUUUUGUUUUGAGAUGCAGGGCAUGAUGGGGAUUGCUGCAUGUCAGCAGUUUGGGUGUUCUUGCCUCAGAUGGUAGCUUAUUUGCUCUGGGGGCCAGGAAUUGGGUUCAGUUUACACUAUCAUAAAAAAGACAGACAGAGAGAGAUAAUAAACUAUAUUUUGGUGGAGGUGGUAGUUAAACACCUUCUUUGGGUAUGCCUUUUAAAAAUGCUUAUAAGAAAAAAUUUAAAAAGAAAGCUAAUGCUAGUAUAUACUGCAAUGUUAGGAGAAUAAACAUGUUUUCCUACUGUGUUAGUGACUUCUAGAAAGGUUCAUGAAAAGCCUUUUAUUAUGUUACUGGACAUGAAAACUUUGUCUAAUUUCUUACUCUAUUGUACGUUUACAGUCACAGCACUAAAAAAAAUGGAUGACAUCAAACAUUUUUAACACAAUGAUGUACAAACUAAAUAAGGACUAUUUAUUGAUAAUGUUUUGCUACUCUUGUCAGACAAUGGCUAUAAAAUGAAUUAGGCAGUCUUAAAAAAAA